AUGUGCUUUCACGACGGCAACAUCGCCGACUUGCUACACAGUCGCACUCUCCAUGGCGAUCACCAUGUUUUUAAUCCCGUUGUGCAAAUGCACUCCUCACUUGUCCGAGCAAUUUCUCUGGAAAGAGAACUAGAGGGGCACCGUGGAUGUGUAAAUGCUAUAGCUUGGAAUUCAAGGGGCUCAAUGUUGAUAUCUGGAUCGGACGAUACACAAAUUAAUAUUUGGUCCUACUCAAAACGGAAACUUAUGCAUACCAUUGAUAGUGGUCAUUCCGCUAACAUUUUCUGCACAAAAUUCAUUCCUGAAACAUCCGAUGAGUUGGUUGUUUCUGGUGCAGCUGAUGCUGAGGUUCGUCUUUUUAAUUUAUCCUGCUUAAGGGGAAGUGGACAAGGGGUGAAUGGUGGCGCUUUGGCAAAUUUUCAGUGUCACACAAGGAGGGUCAAAAAAUUAGCUGUCGAAGUUGGAAACCGUAAUGUUGUGUGGAGUGCUAGUGAAGACGGGACAAUAAGGCAACAUGAUUUACGUGAGGGUGAUUCUUGUCCUCCUGCGGGGUCCUCUCAUCAAGAAUGUCGGAAUAUCCUUCUUGAUUUGCGAUGUGGAGCUAAAAAAUCUUUAGCAGAUCCUCCAAAGCAAUCCCUUGCUCUGAAGUCUUGUGAUAUCAGUUCCACUAGGCCUCAUUUACUCCUUGUUGGUGGCAGUGAUUCAUUUGCACGCUUGUAUGAUAGGCGAAUGCUACCGCCUCUUUCAUCUAGUCAGAAAAAGUCCCCGCCACCUCCUUGUGUGAAUUACUUUUGCCCGAUACAUCUCUCUGACAUUGGACAUUCUAGUGUGCAUCUUACUCAUGUCACUUUUAGUCCGAAUGGUGAGGAGGUACUACUUAGUUACAGCGGGGAGCAUGUUUAUUUGAUGGAUGUCAAUCUCGCAUCUGCGGUUUCCAUGAGUUAUACGCCAGCGGAUUUCGCGAAUCUCUUUAGCUUGAGUUCUAUAUUUGAUGGAGGGGAAGUGAAUUCUUCAUCUCUUUCUGGUGUAUCUUCAAAUGGUUAUCCUCUGAGAAAAAAAGCUGCUGCAAGACUUGAUAGGUGCAGAAAAUUGAUCCAGAUUGCUGAAAAAUCAUUAGAAGGAGAAACUGAUUAUUAUUAUGGCAUUGAGGCUUGUGAUGAAGUCUUGGAUGGUCAUGGUCAUGAAAUAGGGCCAACUCUCAUGCAUGAGUGUUUAUGUAUACGUGCAUCCUUGUUGCUCAAGCGUAGGUGGAAAAAUGACUCGCUCAUGGCUAUCAGGGACUGUCAGAAAGCUCGGAAAAUAAAUCCUUCAUCAGCUAGAGCAGUCAUUUGCAUGGCUGAGGCUCUAUUUUCGUUGGAGAAAUAUAAGGAAGCAUUGGAAUUUUCUAUUGCAUCUCAAUCUAUGGCUCCAUCUGAUUCUGAGAUAAUGGAGAGGGUGGAGAAAAUUAAAAAAAGUAUUGCUGCAGCUGAAGCUGACAGAGCUAACCUGGAAAGUGAGAGGGGAAUAAAGGCGAACGAUCAAGCAGCAAAAGCACUUUCAAUAAGUGACAUAAUCUACCAUUCUGUAGGGGAUAAUGAAGCAUUGCUAGAUGAUUCUGAAAGAGAGGACUCUGACUAUGAUGAAGAGCUGGAAUUGGACUUUGAAACAUCAUUUCCUUCUGAAGCAGGGCAUGAUAUUGACUACACCGUCCUUCCGACAAACUUAAAUUUGAGAAUUCACAGGCGAGGUAAUUUGGUCACGGAAGCUGGGAGACACGAUGACUCGUGUGCGGCUCCUGUCUCGUCUUGUGAAAACCCUGAAGUGCCUUACCAGCCUGAGAUGGCGAUAGAUAUGAAGAAGAGAUAUAUUGGCCAUUGUAAUAUAGGCACUGAUAUAAAACAAGCUAGUUUUAUUGGGCAAAGAGGUGAAUAUAUUGCCAGUGGAAGUGACGAUGGUCGAUGGUUUAUCUGGGAAAAGAAAAGUGGCCGAUUAAUAACGAUGCUACAUGGAGAUGAUGCUGUUGUCAAUUGUAUACAGAGCCAUCCAUAUGAUUCUGUCAUAGCAACUAGUGGGAUUGACAAUACCGUAAAGAUAUGGGCUCCAAAUCCUGUACACCCCUCUUAUGUAUCAAGACACGGGCCUUCAAACCCAGUAGAUGCUAUGGAGAAAAAUCAGCGCAGAUUAUGCCGCACUCGGGAGACGAUUUU